AUGGCAACCCAACAAGACGUCCAAGAACUCCUACGCCUCCUCGUAGGCGCCAGGAAGCUGCCUAUGCUGCGGGCAAUGGCCCAGGUAAAAGCUCUCCAGGUCGAGGGAUUGAAGAGCAUUCGCCAGGUGGCCGAAGCCGAUCAGGCUGCUGUAGAGCGGGCUUUUUCCGACGCCAAAGCUGCGCGCGCUCUGCAGAACGCAUGCAAGGCUGCCGUAAAGCGAGGUGAUUCCGGCGUCGGCGCAGGGUCGGGAAAGAGGGCAGGGUCUGAUGCCGACGCAGGCGCCAACAAACGCGCCAAGACGGCAGCUGGAAGCAGCGGCGACGGCUCCUUGUUUGGACUGCCGUCCCAGAUGACACCGCAAGAGCUAGAGGAGUCACUGGAUUUACCUGUCGAUAUGGACGAGGAGCGCAUCGCGGCAACGUCUAUAGAAUGUAACCGAGCGCCUCUUGUUCUCGCCUUCGCCGCCGAGCUACUGCGCUACACGAUGCCGGAACAGCCACCGUCAAGUCGAUUGAGCAUUGCACAGGCCGUGGUGGCUGCCAACUCUCGAUCCAAGGCGACCAGUCUGGGCAUUGAGAAAGGGAUUCCGGCAGAUCGAGAAGGUUGGGGUGAAGGCCAACCGCGGGUCCGCGUGAUGGGUCGCGAGGUUAGCGUACUCAAGCGCGGCGGCUACGAGUGGAAGGGCUCCGAGUCUGUAGAGAAAGCGAGCGAGACAAAGCAGGAUGCUUUUGCCAUCAUGAUGCAAAACGACACCCAAGAGUCGCGCACAGAGCCGGCUACAUCACAACAAACAUCCCUUGAACCGAAGCCGCUGACUUGGUCGACAAGCCAGUCGGUCUCACUCAAGGAGUCGACAUUCAUCGCCAGGGCGACAACUAUGAGCAGCGUUUACGACAGAAAGAAACUGUUUGCGGCCCUUAUGGAGAAAUAUCCUGUACUCAAGACCGCCACCCAUAACGCGUGGGCUUACCGGGUGAAGCAGACAGGAUCAGGACGGGUGACCGAAGAUUCAUUCGACGACGGUGAGACUGGCUGUGGUAAACUAAUGCUGGAAGUCAUGCGAGAGUCGGAUGCGGUCGAUACCUUCGUCGUCCUCACCCGCUGGUUUGGCGGAAUCAUGCUGGGGCCGGAUCGCUGGCGCCUUAUGCGGACCGUCGUUAGGGGCGCGCUGUCGGAGCGUAUGCGGCUGACGGGCACUCAGACUGGUCUUGGUGGUGAAGCCGUAUGGGGUUUGGAUCUUGAGGCUAUGAGAUCCAAGUCCACGGCAAGUGGUUAUGGAAGCGGCAUCAAGCAUCACGAGACUACGGUAGUAGGAAUGCAGGUCCACAGACCCGAGGCAGCAAGAGACUAUCUCCUCAAAAGCUUCGCCACAGGGUCCACGACAGAGAAUACUGAAGGCAAUGCGGCAGACACACAGGACAAUUAUAAGACAGGUAGCAAGGACAAGAAGGCGGCAACAGCCAAGAAGAAGACGAUUAAAGCUGUAAAUGCUGAAAAGGAGGAGAAUCUCGCCCUGCUUCUUGGCGCAUUGCGGCUGCUUUACGAUAGCUGGGCUGACCAUCUUCCUGCUGCAGACAUGGAUCGCAGGGCAUGGAGCUGGUACACGGCAGUGAGACCGGAGGUGGACUCGGGGCCUUCCGGCUGGGGUGCCAAGGGCGUUCUCAAUUUGCAGAGUAUACUUGACUUGCGUCGAAAGGAAUGA